GUUCCAAAUUCGAACGUCAACUCUUGAACAGACCGGAUGAACGGCGACUGAAUGGAGCACUGAAUUAUUCUGUCAGCCUGUUUGUUUGUUUUUUAAUUUAUCGAUAAACUAUCUGCUUGCACACACUGUGAUCGUAGGUCUUGAAUCAUGGUGAGAGAGCGGGUCCAGAGGAAGACCUUCAAUCAGAUCCUGGAGGACAUCAAGGAGAAGAUGAAGGACAAGAACAACAAACGUCUGUCCAGAGCCUCCGCUCCAGGCAGGGGACGAUCCAGGAUGAUCAACAAAAACAACGGGAAUAACUCCAUAAACACCAUCCUCAAGGGGGUCCAGCUGAACAACAAGGAGCUGGCUGUAGCUCUGGAGGCUGAAAAGGAGAAAGUGAGGCAAGCCAGUGUGGUGAUCCUCCAGCUGAAGAGAGAGCAGCAGGCCAUGUUUCUUCACCUGCUGCUGCUCAAGAGGAAGCUGAAAGAUCAAGAAGCUCUGGCUGCCGGUGUCGCAGACAAGAGGCCUACAGACGAUCUCCUUGGAUCCCAACAAUGUGCAGUUUCCAAAAGAAGAAAGCGGAGCAGCGAGACACUUGACGAGCAAAUUUUGUGCGACUCUUCACCAAGUACUUCAGAACCACAACCCUUGAAAAAGAAUGAAGUUCUUGAAUGUGAAAAACCAGCUGCGUUACCACCUACAGUGUGUGUGAGACGUCGUAACACCGAUCAGAGGAGUCGGAGGCGGUCUGAACGCCUGCAGGAACAGGUGAUGUUGAGUGAAAGUCCCAGCCGGAGUCAAGUGCAACAAGCAGCAGCUUCCAGCGAUGCAGCAGAACUCCAGCACUCAGCGCCUGAACCUGAACCUGUCCCGGCCAAAAAAACCCAGCCGCAGCCCUGCAGGAAGCCUCACCAGCAGCAGCAGCAGCAGCCCCGCAGCAAACCGGAACCGGCCUCACGGAAACCCGAGAGAGGCCGCAAACCAGAGCGUGCCCCGUUAAAGAAACCAUGGGAGAACCCCAAACCCAGAGCCCGUUCGAAGAGUCGGGACCGGUCGGCCAAGCGAGCCAAAGCUGCGCCUCAGUCCCAGAACAAGCAGCUCAACACCUCUCUGGGAUUUAACGACACUUUUGACUUUGACUGCGAGGAGACGGUCCAUGUCACGCCCUUCAGGGCCAAAGCAGAGGACGCCCAGCCGUCCUCACCCAUCAGUGAGGAGGCUUCACAGCCACAAGAGGUUCAAUCGGAAGUUUCUAAACCGAAUGAAAGCUGUUCUUCAUCACCGUCUUCUGAGUCAGAGGACAGCCUUUAUGUCCCGCAGAAGACCAGGCGGAAGCAGAGUUCUCCCGGCAGGGCGGGGGCCGUCGCCACUCGGAGAGGUCGCCUUUCCAGAGAAAUCUCACUCAAAGAAAACAUCCCUCCAAAACGACGGAUCAGCAUCUUUAAGGACGAGGACUCAAGUCCAAAGGCCGCAGUGACUGAUCAGGGAGACGGUUUACCUGAUUGCAGCUCACCGAUCAGCUCCGACCCGGUCGAAUCCCAACACAAAACUCGGCAAGAGCUUCUGGGAGAAGAAUUGGAGAAGAGCCAUUUGCCCCCUGUCAGUCCUCUGGUCGAGGCCGAGAUGAUGAGAUUGGACGACGUCCUGUCUGGUUACGGAGACUACCCCGGUGAAACAUCAACCCUUUUACCCCAACAAACCCCGCAGAGGUUCAAAAUGUGCAAGAAACGUGGGCUCGGGGUCAGGACGGCAGGGCGGGGCUUGAGUCUGUGUGACAUGACCAAUCUGUCCCCCGCAGCAGCCCGUCACAAGUCGGCCCGCGGCGACCCCCACCCGUCCGACCGCCUAUGCUCCACCCCGGUCGUCUCCCGCAAGCGCCGCAGCGCCACGGCCGUCAACUACAAGGAGCCGUCUCUGAGCGCGAAGCUUCGGCGUGGAGACAAGUUCACGGACCUGCAGUUCCUCUGCUCGCCCAUUUUCAAGCAGAAGCCCGGCCGGAGGUCUGUGCAGGCGUCCAGGAAGGCGGCCAGGAGCCAGCAGCCCUUCAACAAGUACAACGAGUCCUUCGUUGGAUGUCGGUGACGAGUCACCAUGUUCAACCUUGGGAUGUGUUCCCUGUGUGAAUAGUGAUCGCUUUUGUUGUUUUAUGGAUGCGUUGUUACUCUGUAGAAAGAUUUUUUCAAUUUUAGAUCCAUUUUCAUGCUUUGCUUUCCCUAUUUGAAGAUUCUGUAUUUUACUUUUCAUUCAGUUUUGCUCCUUGAGUAGAUACAAAAUUAAAUUAGUCUUAAAAUGGGUGUAUUUGUCACUGUAAUGUUUUA